CUGUGCCUGGAGACGUCACCUUGGGCUUCAUAAAAGGGGCUGGGUGGGAGAGCUGGUGGCAGAGAGCCCAGAAGCCCAGCUGCCCUCGCUGAGCGUCCACCCGUCUGAGGAGAAGCGCCCCCCUGGGAGAGUCUGCAGAGCCUCUCCUGCCAAGGCCGUGCCAAGGGCACUUCCUGGAUCUGCGUCUUCUCACCAGGAUGAACUCACUGGUUUGGAAGCUGAUGCUUCUCCUCUGUGCCACCUCCUUCAGGGAGACAUUAGAAAAGGUGGCACCCACGGAGAAUCCUAGAUCCACAGGCGAGCGGCGCGGACCCCUGGGCCUCGCGGACGCCGGGGACCAGAGCCCAGGGUGCAGGGAGGCGAAGCCAGCGGCUCGGCAGAGCGCUCGGGGGGCCUCGCUGUGCCCGCCUCCCGGGAGCCCCGCGGGGCCCCAAGCGCCAGGCCUGUGCGCCCCGCGCAGCCGCCUGAUCCCCGCACCCCGGGGCGCCGUGCUGGUGCAGCGGGAGAAGGACCUGUCGGCCUACAACUGGAACUCGUUCGGCCUGCGCUACGGCAAGCGACAGACGGCGCCGCCUGGAGGCGCGGGGCGGCGCUGAGCACGGACGGGCCGGCAGUGA